UAGCAGGAACACCCUGCCAGACAUGUGCUGGCAGCCAGGAUGUCUGGCUCAGCAAAGUACAGGGCAGACCCCUGGGGCUGCGGCUCCCCUUGUGCCCCAGAGCCUCCUCCAGCAGGGAGGUCCUGGCUCGGUGGAGUCUUUAUCACAGCACCUGCAUGAGGAUCAAGGCACAGAGAGCCCCAGGCAUGUGCAGGGAGGUGGGUGGAGGGGCCUUGAGAUAAGGCAGCAGACACAACAUGGUGGUGUGGGGCGGGGGGAUUCCCUUCCCAGCCCUCUUAAACGGCAUGGGGCCGUUGGGCAGCACUGCCAGGCAUGGAGAGAACCACGGUGCUGAUCACAGGCUGCUCCUCGGGCAUCGGCCUGGGGCUGGCUGCACACCUGGCAGCCGAUGCCACUCGCCGGUUCAAAGGUAAAGGGGGUGCCCCGGGGGUCCCAGGUGGUCUCUGGGCUGGGCCAGGCAGAGCUGGGGGUGGGCUGGGGUUCGUGCUGGCUGUGGAGCUCGGUGGCACUGCUGCCCAUGGCCACACUCUCUCCCCAGUUUAUGCCACCAUGCGUGACCUGGCCAAGGCUGAGCAGCUGCUGCAGCGCCUGGGGGGCAACUGCCCCGACACGCUGGAGGUCCUGCAGCUGGAUGUCACUGACCCCUGCUCGCUGGCAGCUGCUGCACAGCGGCUGCAGGGACAGCGGCUGGAUGUGCUGGUCUGCAAUGCAGGGGUGGGGCUGAUGGGACCGCUGGAGACCUGCUCCGACCAAGCCAUGAAAACUCUCUUCGAUGUGAACCUGUUCGGGGCUGUCCGCACCAUCCAGGCGUUCCUGCCUGCCAUGAAGAGCCGCAGGGCAGGGCGGAUCAUUGUCUCCAGCAGCAUUGGGGGGCUGCAAGGUGGGACCCCCAGCGCCCUGUGGCACAGGGAGCCGUGGGCAAGAGUUCUGGUGCUCAGGGUGCGGCUCUGCCCAGGGCUGCCCUUCAACGCCGUGUACUGUGCCAGCAAGUUUGCAGUGGAGGGGCUGUGCGAGAGUCUGGCCAUCGUCCUGCGCCCCUUCAACAUCCACCUGACCCUGGUGGAGUGCGGGCCCGUCCACACCAGCUUCCAGGCCAACCUGCAGCGCCCCGACCCCGAGGGCAGCGAGAUGCGGCGCCUGGACGCCGAGACACAGGGGCUGUACCGCCGGUACCUGGGGCACUGCCAGAGCAUCUUCCGCGACGCGGCGCAGGAGGUGGAGGAGGUCCUGCCGAUGUUCCUGGACGCCAUCGGCAGCCCCUGCCCGCCCCUUCGCUGCGCCAGCACCCAGCUCCUGGCCCCGCUCUGCCGCCUGCGGCUGAACAGCCCCGACGGCUCCGCGUACGUCCGCGCCAUGCACGACUUCGUGUUCGGCGGCAGCGAGGCCGGCGGGGAGCAGCGCUGA